UAUGUGAACUUGUGAUUGAGAGUCAAUUUUGGAGCUUUGGUGAAUUCAACUCCUCGGGGAUGAGAUGUGAUUCGGUGAAUUAUGAAAAUUGUUGUGGUUUUUUGGGUUCUCGGGGGCUUCCUCGGAAUUACAGGAGCAAUGAUCCCCGUUGGAAAUAAAAGUGCUGAGGUCCUCCAGGAGUAUAGGCCUGAGGGGCCUUUGGUUAUGUGCAAGUUCUUGCCUGUGGAUUUUAUUGAUUGUGAGGAACCCUUUGAUCAUAAGGGAAACAAAACUGCGAAGAUGGAAAGCGGAUAUGGCUGCGUCAAGUUUGGGGGUUCUCGAUACGACGAAGUGGAGAAAGCCAAUGUUUCCUGCUCAGUUCUUCCUGACAUUGAGUGCUACGGCCCCAGGACUUUCUACAGAGAUGGUGUCCCCUGCAUAAAGUACAGUGGCCAUUACUUCACCCUGACCCUCCUCUACAGCAUUCUAUUGGGGUUCCUGGGAAUGGACCGCUUCUGUCUAGGCCACACUGGCACAGCAGUGGGCAAACUGCUAACCCUGGGGGGCCUGGGAAUCUGGUGGGUCGUCGAUGUCAUACUUCUGGUGACCAACUCACUUCUGCCUGAGGAUGGAAGCAACUGGAAUCCAUUCGUAUAGCCAAGAGUCACGAUACGACACUAGUGGCUUCAAUCUUGUUGUCCAGUGUGUAUAUUCUCCAAAACGUAUCUCUCACUCUUAGUUCCACUUUCUCCAGAUCACUCACUGCAUUUAAACGAAAUGUGUAUAUAUUUUUUAAAAAUAGGGGGUGUGUAAAUAAAACAUUUUUUUAUUCUAUAAA